AUGAAUAACAUACUUUGUAGACUUGGUUCAGUAAGUGCUACAUCAGGAAUAUAUCGAAACUUUUCAGUAUCAGCGACUAAUUAUGCAAGUUAUUCAUGUAAGCUGUUGGUGGUGGGAGGUGGCUCAGCAGGAUGUACUAUGGCUGCAAAGUUUGCAAGAAAAUUAAAAAAAGACUCUGUUGUAGUGUUGGAACCAAGUUCUGACCACUACUAUCAACCACUGUGGACCCUCGUGGGUGCAGGCGUUACCCCAGUUUCGGCGACACGACGAGACGCACGAGGGGUUUUACCCUCAUCCGCUAAAUGGCUUCAAGACUCCGCAGAAAGCAUAGACCCUAAAAACAACGUGGUGAAGACAACUAGUGGAGAUGUUAUCAAUUAUGAAUAUUUGAUCGUGGCUGUUGGACUUGUUAAUGAUUAUGGAAAGGUUCCUGGUUUAAAAGAAGCAUUGAAAGACAAAAGCAGCGGCGUAUCCACGAUAUACUCGCACGAGUACUGUGAGAAGACAUGGUCUGACAUCAAGAACUUCAAGGGAGGUGACGCGGUGUUCACUUACCCCGAUACACCCAUAAAAUGUCCGGGUGCACCGCAAAAGAUCGCUUACAUGGCUGAUUCGUAUUUUACAAAGUCAAAUGUCCGUUCAAAAUCUAACAUCACGUACAACACUUGCCUCCCGGUUAUCUUCGGUGUUAAGAAGUACGCGGACGCCCUUAUGAAGGUGAUCGCCCGUAAGAACAUUCACGUCAACUACAAAACCGUUCUGAAGGAGAUUAAGUUUGAUAAAAAAGAAGCUGUGUUCUUCAAUACUGAGGAUAAAACCAAGUUAACAACUUUGCCAUACGACUUACUUCACGUAACACCGCCAAUGAAAACACCGGACUUCCUUCAAAACAGCAAAGACAUGACCGACGAGUGCGGGUUCCUCACUGUGGACAAAUACACGCUGCAGCAUACGAAGUAUUCUAAUAUAUACGGCUUAGGCGACUGUACGAACACGCCCAACAGCAAAACUGCGGCCGCUAUAGCAAAACAAAGCUACGUAGUGGAACAGAACCUGCUACAAACGAUGAAGGCGUCGCCGCCCGCGCGCCGCUACGACGGCUACGGCGCGUGCCCGCUCGUCACGUCGUACGGCACGUGCGUGCUCGCGGAGUUCAUAUACGACGGCGUGCCGCGGGAGACGUUGCCUUUUGACCAGGCCCAAGAGAGUACUCUGGCAUACUAUAUGAAGAGAGAUUUGUUCCCCUUCCUCUACUGGAACUUCAUGUUGAAAGGAUACUACAAUGGACCUGAGUUCAUGGGUAUAACUGGCAAUUAUUUAAAAUUGUUCAAAAGUAAUGUGAGAGAGUUGUGCAGUCGAAAGGCUUCGUGUAAAAAUGAGUUCAGGUGUAAGUUACUGGUGGUGGGGGGAGGAACUGGUGGUUGUAGCGUCGCUUGGAGAUUUUCUAGAAAGUUAAAUGACAAAGAUAUCAUUGUUUUAGAGCCUAAUACGGAACAUUACUACCAACCGCUUUUCUCUCUAGUAGCGGCUGGUAUAAAACAAUUUCCUCAAAGUCAUAAACCUAUCAAGUCAGUUCUACCGCGUAACGUUUUGUGGUUGAAAGACCAAGUGGAUGACUUUGAUCCGUGUAACAACGUGGUACAUACGGGAUGCGGGUUUAAAGUGCGGUACGAAUACAUUGUAGUGGCUGUUGGACUGAAGAAUGAUUAUGAACAGAUUUUAGGAUUGAAGGAAGCUCUAAAUGACCCUAUUUCUCGAGUAUCAACGAUCUAUUCGCCUGAAUACUGUCAAAAAUGUUGGUGCUGUAUACAAAACUUUAAAGGUGGACAUGCUAUUUUUACAUUUCCGAAACAAGCUGGAAAGUGUUCUGGUGCUGCCCAGAAAAUUAUGUACCUCGCUCAUGAUUAUUGGAGGCAGAAAAAUGUUAUAACUUCAACGAAUAUAACAUAUAACACAGCUGGUGAUGCAAUAUUCGGAGUACCUAAAUACGCAGCAGCAUUAACCAAGAUCGCUUUUAAUAAGAACAUCGUUGUAAAUUUUACACAGGAGUUGAUAGAAGUAACAAAACGAAGCGCGAUAUUUCUUGAUUCGAAAGGACAGACAAUAGCUUUGCCAUACAACUUCCUCCAUAUAACGCCCCCAAUGUCGCCGCCAGUCUGCCUCAUGAGAUGUGAGGAACUAACCAACGAAGCGGGAUACCUGGAUGUAGACCGACACACCUUACAGCAUAGACGAUAUAACAAUGUUUAUGGAAUAGGCGACUGUAUCAGUUCACCUAAUAGCAAAACUGCGGCGGCUGUAGCAAAUCAAAGUCGUAUAGUUGAAUUGAACCUGUGGAACACAAUGUAUGGGAAGGAGCCCACCGCCAAGUACUAUGGAUACGCAGCCUGUCCCAUGCUUACAUCGUUCAAAACUGGCAUCCUUGCAGAAUUCCUGUACGACAAAAAGAUUUGCGAGACAUUUCCCUUUGAUCAGAGCAAGGAAAGACGUCUGAUAUAUCUCAUUAACAAGGAUAUACUUCCGUACAUUUAUUGGAACAAAUUAAUAAAAGGUAGAUGGAAUGGACCAUCUGUUAUACGUAAAAUUAUCAAUCCUUUGGGAAGA